AUGAUACCAACAGCUCUCGAGUUCUCCCUGGUGCUAUGGAUUCUCGCCACCCAUGCUGGAAUACCAGCAGCUUUGAUCACUACAGCGACCAUGGCCGCCUAUGUUGGAUUCACAACUCACUAUACCACGAAGCGGAAUGAGUAUCGCCGGAAGAUGAACAUGGCCGAAAAUGAAGCAAAUGCUCGUCUAUUGGAUUCCGUCAUAAACGCCGAGUCUGUGAGGUUCUUCGCAAACGAGAAGAGAGAGGCGGACCUGUACGACCAGUCCCUGGCUAGAUAUGAGGAGGAGAAUAUUCGUGUUCUGAAGUCGUUGGGUCGUCUUAACUUCGGUCAGCAGCUAAUCUACCACACGGGCUUAUUCGCCACCUUAUUCAUCGCCCUCAACCAGUGUGCCGCUGGGCUCCUCCCUGUAGGGGAUCUUGUCAUGAUAAAUACCCUCCUGAUGCAGCUAUCGAGUCCGUUGAAUCUGAUUGGUAUGGUAUAUCGCGAGACUACUAUGAGCCUAGUGGACAUGAGCAAACUGCAUGCCUUGAUGAAGAUCCAGCCCUCGAUCACAGAUGCCCCCGACGCCAAGGAUCUGGUCCUCAAGGGCGGCGAGGUAUCCAUCAAGGACCUCACGUUCGACUACGGCUCGGAAUCGCGGAAGAUUCUCAAUGGCUUCUCAUUGGACAUCCCUGCCGGCCAUAGAGUAGCGAUAGUCGGAUCAUCAGGAGCUGGCAAGUCUACUGUACUGCGGUUGCUACUGCGGUUAUACGCGCCCAGUAGUGGUUCCAUCACUAUUGAUGGUCAGUCGAUCGACUCGGUGACUUUGGCUUCCCUUAGGAAGAAUAUUGGUGUGGUACCGCAAGACUGCUCACUCUUCCACGAUACUGUCUUCAACAACAUACUCUAUGGUCGUCUAGAUGCUACAGAGGAGGAGGUUAUUGCAGCUGCUAAGCUUGCUGAGAUUCAUAACACCGUUAUGGACUUCCCUAAGGGGUAUCAAACAUUGGUUGGAGAGAGAGGACUCAAACUGAGCGGAGGGGAGCGUCAGAGGAUAGGCAUAGCUAGAUGUAUAUUGAAGAACCCGGAGCUGGUGUUGUUUGACGAGGCGACAUCAGCGUUGGACUCUGAGACGGAGCAGACGAUCCUAAAGGGUUUCGAACAACUGACGGCGUCGCGGACGUCACUCAUUGUGGCCCAUCGACUAUCCACUGUUAUGAACUGCGACACCAUAUGCGUGUUAGAUGAGGGCAGGAUCGUCGAGAAAGGUUCUCAUAAGGAGCUCAUGGGCAUUGCUAAUGGAAAGUAUCGGCAGCUAUGGGAGCGUCAGUUCCUCAUUGACGAGACCGAGACUCUUGAUGAGGCCUCUACAGAUAGCAAUGCUACCACUCACUGAUUCAUCCGAACUGUCUUAGCUACUUGUGAUGUUCGCAAAAUGUGAAUUGCAAAGUUUCC